AUGAUUAAUAAAACAAAGCAAACUCCGACCCCAACUCCGGCACCUGAACAAACUCAAAGUACUGGUUCUGAAUCAAAAUCUGCAUCAACUAAUGAUUCUACUAAAACACAACCAGCUGCAUCCCAAGAAGCUUCAAGUAAUACCACCACCACCACCACCACAAGUACAACAACCAAUGAAUCAACAUCAUCUGGUACACCAGCUCAAGCUCAAUCACAGCAACCACAAGAAUCUAAUGAAUCUACAUUUGCAGUUGGAACUGAAAGAGAAGCCACUAUUCAAAAUAUUAUGGAAAUGGGUUACGAAAGACUGCAAGUUGAAGCUGCAUUAAGAGCUGCUUUUAAUAAUCCUCAUCGUGCAGUUGAAUAUUUAUUGACUGGUAUCCCAGAAUCUUUACAACGUCCAGAACAACCAGUUGCACCAGUUGCACCAGUUGCACAAUCCGAAGCCCCAGUUGGUGAAUCAACUACAACUUCUGCUCAUGAUGAAGAAGAUGAUGAUGAACAUGAAGGUGGACAACAUGAAAACUUGUUUGAAGCUGCAGCUGCCGCUGCUGCUGCUCAAGAAGGUGGUGCUCAUGCUGCUACUGCUGGUGGUGAUGCUGCAUCAGCAGGAGGUGCAGGUUUAGGAGAUGACCAACAAAUGCAACUUUUGAGAGCAGCUUUACAAUCUAACCCAGAAUUGAUUCAACCAUUAUUGGAACAAUUAGCUGCAUCUAAUCCACAAAUUGCAAGUUUAAUUCAACAAGAUCCAGAAGCUUUCAUUAGAACAUUUUUAGGAGCCGGAGGUGAAGAUUUAGGAUUUGAAAUUGAAGGUGAUGAAAGUGGAUUUACUGGUGGUGAAGCUGGGGAAGAAGGUACUGUCCGUAUUCAAUUAUCAGAACAAGAUCAGAGUGCAAUUAAUAGAUUAUGUGAACUUGGAUUUGAACGUGAUUUGGUUAUUCAAGUUUAUUUAGCUUGUGAUAAAAAUGAAGAAGUAGCUGCUGAUAUAUUGUUUAGAGAUAUGUAA